GGAGCUUUUGUUUGAUUUGCGCAUAGAAAUUUCUUUCAGUCGACUUUGCAAUUUCCAACGCGCUUGACUGAUUCGCUUGACGCUCGAAGCGCUCGUACGUCUAGUUUUUGCGCCUAGCCCAAUCUGUCGUGUGUGAUUAGUUGUGAAUUAUAAUUUAUUUUUUUUUUUUCACAUAAAAUUUAUUUAUUUCUUGUUUUGCAAAAGCGAAGGAUACUGUGUAGUUUACAGGCCAGCAAGCGGUCAUGAAGAUAUUAGACGUUAUUGUUUACCUCAUUUCGAUUUUAAUCUUUCUGUACAUUCUCUUGGAAUAAAGUGUGCGUGUGUGAGUUUGUUAAAGAUUAGCGGGAAGGCUGGAUUAUUUUUAUUAAACAAAUUAAUUACUACUAUUUGGAUUAAAGCAACGAUUUGAAUUGAAAUUUAUAAAAAAAACAAAAUGAAGGUUAUUUUCUCAAAUUUCCUGUUCGUUACCAUUCUGGUGCUAGCCAUGUGUGACCUGCCACUCGUCAAACGCCCCCUAAUCUAUCCCCUGUGGGCCGGAAAGAGUGCUAAACAAAUAGCGCUCGGCCGCAAUAAAGCCGCCCUUGUCGGUGGUAAGCAACGCACAUUGAUGGUACAGAUACGCAGCGAUCAGCCAGUGCCACUUGUACUAAAAGGUGGACGUAACUCGCAACUACGAUACGGUCCCAAUCAUUUACGUGGCGUGCGGCCAAUUAAACUUACUGGUCCGGUAUAUUUGAAAAGUGCCCCAAUUGGACACAAACCAUUGCAACGUAAGCCGCUUAAAAUUAAAUUGUCUAAUACAAAGCCGAAACAUAAGCCAGCUACCAGCUACGAAGUGCCAUUCCGCUUUGAGGUACCAGUCACAAAUAAUAUUGCCUAUCCGCCAUUGGGCAAUGAAGCGCAACAAUUGCCGUCGGAGACAGACAGCAACUUCAUCACCGAGCAUGACCAUGACAACGAUCACUUUGCACCCAUUCACACAAUACCUGCACCUAAUCUUUCCUUGCCUGAAAAUCAUCUACAGGAAUCCUAUUUGCCACCAAAAUCACAGCCACAAACCUACCACCAAACUCUAACUAACCCCAACAUCGAGAAUCAGUAUCAAGUCACAGAAGAGCAUACCAAUGAUCAAACUAUUCGUGACCCACUUUCUGGCUCGCAGAAACUCUUCGCUCCCGAUCCAGAUCCAUCCCUACCAGCCGCACAAUUGCGUCCGGCCACGGAGCCCUUCAAUCAGCCCAGCAAUGGCAAACCACUGCCUGUGGAUGUACAAUCCAAUUUCAUUGUACCUGCUCAACCCCUAGUGCAGAUAAUCGGUGCCCAAGAGGUGGCCACACCAGAGAUUUAUCCAAUUCAAUUUACACAACAAGCGCAACUUCAACCGCUUGUUAGUGCCAAUGUAGCCGCCGUACAUGCAGCAUCUGCGCCCAUCUACGACCCCACCUAUCUAGUCACACAAUCCAAUCAACUGUACACACAGCAUCAACAGCAGCAACAGCUCUUCCAGCCCAGCGCCAGUCUGUUACAAGCCGGUUAUGUUAAUGCCGACCUGACGCAAGAAAUUGCCAGUGAUGGUCAAAUCUUGCAGGCUGCCAAAGAUCCACAUCAUAAUAUUCAUCCAGUGCUGGAUAGUGCUCCACAAUUCGCAGCGCUCAUCGCUGCGCCUGCCUUGGGUGAGCAAUCAGCAGCACAUUACAGCUUGCAUCCACACGCCGCUGCCCUAACUGCCACAUCUGCAGCACCUGAGGGGGGUUUUGUUGUGUCCAAUUAUUAUGACAACGAUGGCCAAGACAAUUCACAGCUGCUGCAGGCGUACGCCGAAGAGGAAGCGCAGCGACUGGAAAUAGAGGCUGAGCAAGAAAAGCAGCAGUAUGUUUUCCAACAGCAGCAACAGCACUUGUUAGCGUUGCAACAACAGCAGCAACAACAAGAACUGCAGCAGCAAGAGUUGCAGCAACAGCAGCAACUGCACCUACAGUUGCAAGAACAGCAGCAACUGCAUCAACAACUACAGGAUCAGCAGCUACAUCAACAGCAAUUGCAACAGCAAGAAUUACAACAUCAACAACAUACUCGCCAUCAACAACAGUCGCAAGACCCAGCCUCGGCGGCAUUUCACGAGCACCAACGUUUAGUGCAGCAGCAGCUAGGCGCUGACGCACCACUCCGGAUAUUCGUGCCCGACGAUGAGAGUGCUGGAGAAGCGCGCCUGCAAAAACGCUCUGAUAUGGUGAAAAAGGGCACCGUAGAGGAUGCAAGCGCAGAACACGAUAACAAUACAACAACGGAGGAUGAUAUGUUCGAGGUAUCUUCGUCCGUUGAAGUAUCCAAUAAUGAGAACCAAAAAGACACAGCUACAAAUGCGGAGUGAUUUGACCUAUGGAAAUGCAACAAAAAUUAAUACUUUUUAAAAAUAAUACAUUUUUGUAGUGUUGUAAAAUACAAUAUUUA